ACAAGGGAACAAUUUUUUUUGGUGCCUGUAAAUGAGGACAACAGGAGAGUUAAAUGUUCAAUACGAGCUUGUUAGCAUUUCCCAGAGCUGCUAUAUGUCUGUGGACUUUUAUUUUGCAGAAGCUUUUAGCCCUCAUUAGUUGCCCCAUUCUUCUCUUUUUCUUUCUUUUGCCGUGCUAUAUCUAACGCAGCUACGUGAAGUAAAGAGGAGGUAGAUUUCCCCUUUUGACAACAGGAUAAACCUCGUACGAGUUUGGAGUUUGAGGUCAGAGUUCGACUCCUAAGCCCUCGACUCUCACUGCUGCCGCUACUGUGAGAGGAUUUAAGCGGCAUGGAUGGCGGCGGCUACGUGUAGGAAUCCUUUGUCAAUUCACUUCUUUAAUUAGCUACGGUUAAAUUUGCUUCCUCGUAUGAUCCUGUUCCGUGUGGAUUGAUGGGACUUUUGGGUGGGAUUUGCUUGACUUGGGUCGGUUUCAGAAUCUGUCCUUCAGCUGAAUGACUCGAGUCGAAGCCUUCCAGUCAAUCCCCAGCCUCCCUGAGAUUCCCCCUAACGUGUUUACGCAUCUUGCCGCUUGAUCGUGCGGCCUUUGUUGCCCCGUCUCUCGUCCACGUUUCCACCACACUAAGCGCCCUCCCUUUCCCAGCGCUGCUCCAGUAACUUCUUGGCGAGCUCCUCUAAAAGGCUUAGAGUAAACAGGAUUAGAGAGCAUUAAAAAAUCCUCCUCUCUCCAACAGCCAUCUGCCUAUCUACCUGAGCCAGGAGCUGCCGUCCUGUCAGCGCCAUGGGACACACCUGUCCUCAGCCCCGGAGGGAAGCAGGAAGCCACUUACUCUGUUCUUCUUUUGCCUCUGGAGAAUUCUGAACUAUGCAAACCUGUAAGAAGUUGUUCUCGUUGAUGUUACGUGACUUGAGAGGAAAUACGUAUCCGCUUGAUCCUUUUCCGAGUCCACGGAUUUAAAGCACAACCACGGAUUUAACAUGAGCUUCGCAUCUUGGAGAUGUGUUUUCUAUGUUUUUGUGUUUAGUUUAGUGGCUCCUUUUCUGGACAUAAGGACCGGUGCGACACUGGAAGGAUCCUCUAUGGGAUACCUGCCUUAUGCUCAGGAGCCAGUGGCAUUUCCACGUAUCGCUCGUAUAUCGGAUGUGAAGGCAUCUCAUGAAGGCCACAAAGUUGUAUCUCGACAGAAGAGGAACAUCCUUUUCCCGAGCGGAGUCAAGCUGUGUGCCCAAGAGACCCUUGAGCAAGUCGCAGCGAACCACCUGAGCUACUUUCACCUCAGAGUGUGCCAGGAGACCAUAUGGGAGGCGUUCAAGAUCUUCUGGGACCGACUGCCAGAACAGGAAGAGUACCAGAGCUGGAUGAGCCAAUGCCAGGAGGGCUCAGUCACUGCAAAAGAUAUUGGCAGCUACUUCAGCCAAUCAGAGGAGCAUCAGACUCUGGUUAAACAGAGAAUGUCCCUGCAGGGUUUGAAAAGUGAGCCCACCAGGUCCUGGCAGCAUAUGUGCAGCACUCCAACGCCUCGGACACGAGAGGCCGUCGACGCUCCUGAACUCGAGGACACAGCUAAAGAAGAAGAGGCUGAGGAGGCAGCUGAAAUCUUACCAGAGGUGGAGGAUGAUCCACUGGACAACGACAUCGCAGUGGAGCCUCCAACCCCCGCUGCUGUUCUGGAGCAGGUGGUGGAGCUGAGCAUCCUCCUCACCGGGGAGACGUACAACGAUGACCUGGACAAUCCAGCCAGCUUCCAGUACCAGACCCUCAGCAGGCAGCUCGCUGAAAAGAUUGAAGACGCUCUGCAGAAGCUUCCUGGAUUCAAGAGUGUGUCUGUGAUCGACUUCAGACCGCAGACUGACGUCCAGGGGGUGGACGGCGUGAUCGUGGACUAUGCCGUGACAGUGGUGGUGGACGGAGCCGGAGUCAGCAACGAACAGCUGGACUACCUGACGCUGCAGUCAAACCGGGUGGAGAGCUCAUAUCGGGAGAUCGCGGAGCAGUCCACGGUGGUCUACACCAUCAGCGAGGUCAAAAAUGUCCUCACUGAAGCGCUUCAUAACGAUGAGCAGGAGAGCGUGUCUGAGAUUCCUGAAUCCGUCAACGCUGCAGACGAAGCCGUGGUCGCUGCUGUUGAUGAGCCUCUGGAGGACUUGACCCUGGAAGAGGACAUCGAUGAUUACGUCCUUCCUCAGCUCUCUGAAACCAACACAGUGGCAACAGCAGAAAAUGAUGUUACUGUUCUGGAGGAGAGUGAACCUCUUCCUCCUACUACUGUUCUGACCACCGUUGCACCUGAAGCUGGCAGCAUUGAGGAGGAGGGUCUGUUGCUGGAAGACACUGUGCAGACUCCUGCUGCAGAAAACCCCCCAAAUGAAGAACUCCCAGCUGAGCUUCCCACCCCUGAGCAGCCAGAGAGCGCCAUACUGCCUGAACCGCCAGUGGAAACUGAGGCCUCUGGUUCAGGUCCAAAUGACCUGGAGAUCCUGCUUGAACCAUCUACAACCACCGCAGAAGGAGUAGAAGAAGGAGAAGCAGAAGAAGCACCUCUUGAGGAGACUACUUCAGAGAAUGUGCUGAUAACAGAAGAAGUCGGCAUCAAUACAGAUGUUACAUCGGAAGCUGAAGGAGUCGAAGUUGAGGUUGCUGCAGUGGAAGAAGAACCUACAACUGCAGCUUUGGACAAGGAACUUCUGGAAGAGGUGUUGAAUGAAGUAGAGAUCCCAGAGGAUCUUGAGAUCUCCACAAUCACAACUGAGACCAUAGAGGAAGAAGUCCUCCCUGCCCAGGUUCCACUUCCUGAGGUCCUAGAAACAGCGAGUGAAGCACCUGAGCCAGAGUCAACAGAAGCUGUUCUGAUUCCUGUUGACUCAGUGGAGACAGUGCCAGAAGAGUCGAUCAUCUCAGAUGUUCCACCUGCAGAUGAGGAGGUUAACUCCAACCACCCUGAGGAAGAUUCAGCCAGUGACAUGGUUUUGACCAAUCCUGCGGUACCUUCAUCUGAAGAGGAUGUCGUAGAGGAAGCUAAAGACAGCGAGGUGAAGGAAGAGACUGCACCUGAAGCUCCAGUUGUAGAAGUAGAAGUAGAAGUAGAGGCAACAAAAGCUCCAGAGAUCUCAACAGAAGAUCUUACAGAGGAUGAGAUCUUACUGGUGGACACGUAUAAACCAGAGCUGCCGAUCACAGAUGUACCAAACCCCGCCCAACCGACUGCCCUGUCUCCAGAGAUAGAGUCGCCUUUCACUCGUAUCUCUGACAUCAGUCCGGAUCCUGAGGAGCAUCCUGACAUAAUUAUCCCAGCACUGGUGGAGAUUCAGACGACCAAUGAUGGCUUGGAUGAUGCCACCAUUGGAGACCAUGGGUUUGGUGUGGUUCAUUACGGUUAUGGUCCCAUUAACCACACAGAAGAGGGCAGCACUGGAUUUCCAAUCGGCAUUUCCCAUGGCACAGACCAGGCCAGUAUCGCCAUGCCUGUGAACCCUGGACGAGCUCUGAUGGUGUUCUUCAGCCUGAGGGUGACCAACAUGAUCUUCUCUGAGGAUCUCUUUAACAAGAGUUCUCCAGAGUACAAGGCUUUGGAGCAGCGCUUCCUUGAGCUGCUUGUGCCCUACCUGCAAUCCAACCUGAGUCACUUUGAGAACCUGGAGAUCCUGAACUUCAGGAAUGGGAGCAUUGUGGUGAACAGCCGGAUGAAGUUUGGGAGGCCUGUGGCUCAAGGCGUCACCACCACCGUCUACCUGAUUCUGGAAGACUUCUGUAACACUGCCUACCAGACCAUGAACCUGGCCAUCGAUAAGUACUCUCUGGAUGUUGAGUCGGGUGACCAGGCCGAUCCCUGCAAGUUCCAGGCGUGCAACGAGUACGCAGAGUGUAAAGUGAACAAGUGGUCUGGGGAGGCCGAGUGCGUCUGUAACGCUGGCUACUUCAGCGUGGACGGCCUUCCCUGUCAGAGCAUCUGCGAGCUGCAGACAGACUUCUGCCUCAAUGACGGCAAGUGUGACAUCAUCCCCGGCCAGGGAGCCAUCUGCAGGUGUCGCGUUGGAGAGAACUGGUGGUACAGAGGAGAGCACUGUGAGGAGUACGUGUCCGAGCCACUGGUGGUCGGCAUAGCGAUCGCCUCUGUAGCUGGAUUCCUAUUGGUGGCUUCUGGAGUCAUCUUCUUCCUGGCCAGGACGCUCCGAGAUCAAUAUGACAAGGACGAGUCAGAGGACCCCAUAAGGCGAGCAGAAAGUCUCCCAUCUUUGGAGAGGGCAACCAAGUACAACCCCAUGUACGAGAGCGAGGCCACCACGGGCUACAGCCACUACUACCGCCGCUAUCCUGAGGCUCCUGUGUACAGCAGCGCCAGCGCCGAGGCCUCCACCGACUUCAGCAGCGACGAGAUCCGACACAUCUAUGAGAACAGCGAACUGACCAAGGAGGAAAUCCAAGACAGGAUACGCAUCAUUGAACUCUACGCUAAGGACCGGCAGUUUGCAGACUUCAUACGGCAUCAUCAAGCCGUCCUGGAUACCCGCAGAGAGAGCUCCUCCACGCAGACAUGAAGCUUUCCUGCCAACAACAAGAAACAAGCCUCUGCUAAAAAGUGAAGCUCUGCAUCAAGACUUACUGGUUCUCAGAGGCCAGACUUCACUGUCUUUCAGCAAACCGCUCUUAUAAUCUCAGCAAUAAGCCUGUUCCUGCCUGGCUGGGCAGAGGUGUGGACUGUUCUUCCUCCUUCCUCGGUGCCUUCUCUUGACCGGCUGAGCUCGCGGUGACACCAUGUUUGCUGCUCAUCUGCUGGACGUCUCCCUGUAGGGAAACCUGGACCGCAUCCUAUUACUUGAAAUGCGAACAAACACAUAUACCAAGUAGCACUUUUGCUUAGUGGUGUAAUGGUUCUCCUGCUGUUGUGUCUGUCCAUUCUUUAAAGGGAAGAACAUAAACUGUGAAUAUGUAUAUAGUUGAAGUGACGUCUCUUAGUGAAGUUUGGCUCUCUAAUGCUUAGAUUUAAUCUUUAGGUCUUCUGAAAGAGGUACUGAGAGCUGCUCUACCUAGAUAAUGGUGCUAUUUAAUUUAAAGUACACUUUUAAUAAAUAUAGUGGUCCAUAAAGGCCAACUUUUACAAUUUUAAAGCAACACCAAUGGGUCAUUCUGUAUAUUUGAGUACUACUGUCCAUUAAAGGAAUAGUUUUGGGAAAGACACUUGUUUUCUUUCUGGCAGAGAGUUAGAUUAAAAAAAAUCAACUAAUUAGCUCCAAAACUGCCCUAGGGGCUUGAAAAGUACGUUAUCAUUAAAAAUCACAGUAGCAGCCGCAUCACAGUAUUUAUAAGAGUAAGUAAAAGCAGAAACAAUCACAGGAUUUUUCAACUUUUCAAUAGUCUUUAACCCCCUAGGACCUGGCAUCCAUAUAUGUGGACAUCUUUUUUUUCCCUUAAUCUUAAUUUUCAUAAUAAUGAUAAUAUCAAAAAUAAUCACAAUGAUAUUUAUAAUAAUAAAAAUAACAACAAUAAUGAUAACAAUAUAAAUAUAAUAUUCAUAUAAUAUAAAUCUAAUAAUCAGAUAUUAGAUAUUAUCCAAUUAUUAUAUUUAUUGGUUACUCCUUAUCCCAAAUAACUAGAAGAAAUCUAAAAUACAAGCCCAACCAAAGCUCGGGUCGUAAGAGGUUGAACUGCUUACCUGUGAUUUGACUUUCUGUCAGGAAAAUAAACCGUAUCCUAGCUUAAAACUCUGAUAUUUGAUCAAAAUCACUUCUAUGUGUCAUUUAGAAAUUUGCCAGGAAAAAAACCCCAAAAACAUUUGCACUAAUCAUCCAUCCAUUAUCUAUACACCUCUUAAUCCUCAUCAGGGUCACGGGGGGCUGGAGUCUAUCCAGCUGACUGAGGGUGAAGGCAGAGGACACCUGGACAGGUAACAGUCUAUCACAGGACUACAUGUAGAGACAAACAAUCAGACUCACAUUCACACCUACAGACAGUUUAGAAUCACCACUUAACCUCAGUGGGAGGACGCUGGAGCACUCGGUGAAAACUCUUGCAUGCACAGGGAGAACAUGCAAACUCCACACAGAAAGAUCCCAGUCCGGGAUGCGAACUGGGAAUCUUUGAGCUGCAAGACACCAGUGCUAACCACCGAGCCACUGUGCAGCCUGCACUAAUCACAUUCUAUAAAAAGCCCUCUAGAUUCUGCAACUCAGCUGUAAACAAGACUCAACAAAUGCAACAAAACUCGUGAAUUAUCAGUUUAACUCAGUUGAACUGCAGGAGGUGUUUACACAAAGCAGACAGUAGACAAGUACAGAAACACAGGAAAAUCUAAGUAGUAAAAUAUCUACAGUAUGUGGCGACACCAUUUUUUCCAGUGAUGGUAACUGCUUUGAGGUCUUGGAAAAAUAUUGUACAAGUUCAUUCUGGUAUUUUGUCGAUAUUUAUCGUCAAAGAAAUUCCAAAUUCCAAUAUUUUUUCAAAGAUUUAUGGCAUUAUAACUGUUAUACUACACAACACACACUUUUGAGUUCUCUCUAUUUCCGUGAUGGUGGUUGAAAAAUGAAUCCACAAAAAUGAGGCCAAAAGGCUAAGAAAUUGCAUGAGGUUUAGAGUGUUAAAACGAAGACCGAAAACAUGGGCCAACAGCUCAUUGUAUGGCAAACUGUCAUUUUAACUCUUUGGUUUUUGUACAAAUUUAAGGAAAACGUGUUAACCAAAGAGCUUUACUGGGAAAACUAACACGAGCACAACUAAUCCUUUUAGUCCACACCGACUCUGACAGACGGUCAGUCACCAGGCAGACCGACAGCAGAAAUUUACCGCAUAAAAGCAGUUUUCACAGAGGCUCAGCAGAAAGAAACCAGCUAUGUUUUUACAUACGAAUUCAUUAAUUUAACUGGGGAAAUUUACUUUGAACAGUGAAACCAGAAAGCCUGCAGAGACACCGGGAGUCUGAUCCAUCAUUACCAUUAAGAAGUUCACAACAUAUAAAUAGCAGUAGAUUGGUGAGAUUUAAAGAGUCAUUUGGUGUGUCAGGGGGAAAAAACUAACUUCAAGUGUAAGAAAAGUAGUAGGAACUUGUUACGGUAUUAAAAUAUUUUUCUAAAUGAAUUGUGAAUUAUUUGCAACUACUGGACAGAACCAGGGGAUCUGUUUGUCUUUGUUUUCAGCUAAGCUAAGCGGCUGCUGCUGUAGCACUAAAUCUAAUUCAUAGAGAUGAAAGUAGUUGCAAUUUUCACAUCUAAAUCUCUGCCAGAAAACAAUAUGUCAAACUAUUCCUUUAAGGUGGCCAAACGUAGUACUUCUGUAUGUAUUAUCGAUAUAAAAAUACAGUCUGAAGGUCGAGUAGAAGGUUCAUUUCAACUAUUUUUCCACUGGCAGGUGAUUUUUCUGCCUUUUCAAGUGCUCCAACCAUGAGGAGCUUUGGUUUUUGUUUGUAAAUGUCUGACCAGGCAGACACGAGUGAAAAAACAGUGGUGAGGGAAGAAAGGCAGAGAGCAUGAACCCUCUAUAGCUCUGGGAUCCAGAAAUAAGUGAAAACACGUUUCAGUGGAAAAAUGCUCUGAGGCAGGCAGCCCAGGGAUUUGAUCAAAUGGUCUGCUUUUAGAUGUCAUAUGUAAUACAAAUGAAAGAACAGGAAAAGCAAGCUGAUAAACAACAUAUGCUCUUUGGAAGGACAAUCUCAAGCUGCGUCUCCUGCUGCAGAAAAACUUUAAGGUUACUAGCAAUUCUUAAGAAACGCUCCGUCCCUCUGUGACUACUUAUUUGGCUGCGGUCCUGUUCCUCCAUCUGAAGCCUCCUGACAGACUAAUUUCAGUGUUUUCUUUGGUAUUCUCAUCCAUUCCUCUCCGGACUUGUUGUACUUGACCCUUCUUGACCCCUCAAACGGCCUGUCACAGCUGCAGCUGAUUACGAUCUGUAGGCUGUCGUCUGUUGUCGGCCGGUCUGACCUUCAUGUCUGCUUCGAGGUCACACUCACGCAUAGAUCACGUUGUAGCUGCUUGUUUACAUUACAUGCUUCUUGUCCUUUGCUGUUCUUCUAGACGUCCACACGAGCGAAAAACACUGGCGCAGCAGACCCUUGUGACAAUGUCAUGCCUUUUGCAAUCUGUGUCCAAUUUUAUUUUUUUAUGUAUGCUGCUUUUAUUUUGUGUCUGCAUACAAUUUCAGUCACUGUCCUUCAACAUCUGCCACCAGGACAAGAAGCCAAUCACCAUCACACAAUCUUCUGUCGUGUAAAUAACCUUUGUAGAUAUCGUAAGCAGUCGUACUGUAGGAUGUAAAUCACGUGUAUCUUCGAUGUUUCCACAUGUGAACAUACUCCUUUUAUACCGAUGACUCUGUCACCAUGUUAACAGUGUUAUCGUAACGUGCAGCUGUGUAAAUGACUAAUAAACAAGGUGUAAUGUGCACAAAAUAAAGUUUUUUACAUAAAAAUA